AUGUGGGACAUUUGGGUCCCGGGCGCACUCACCUUGAUCUUUGGCCUGCUUCCCAGUCUCCAAGGAGUAAGCGCCAAUGAGGCUGUACACAAAUGUGACAUCUUAAGCUGCCCCAAAGGAUUCAUAUGCUGUGGCAUUGCAUGCUGCCCAGAAAGAAAGAACUGGAAUUCUACAAAUGACCCUUUCAUGAUUGUGUUCAUCAUCGCAUGCAUCAUUUUCCCCCUUUUGUGCAUCUGUGGCCUAGUGAGGCGCUUCUGUCCUAAUUGUAGAGCACAGCACCAUGACGUCAGAACAGGGAAUCAGCAGACUUCUCCAGAACCGCCCUCCAUUGCUCCCCUGGAGAACAUUUGGGUCACCUCCUUGGAUCCCCCACCACCCUACAGUCAGGUUGUUCUGAAGGCAACUCCCACAGAACCACCUCCUCCCUACAGCCUCAGGCCUGAGGGCCCUGCUGGUCAGAUGACAGGGACUGGCUAUGAUACUCUGUGA